AUGCGCCGGGCGGAGAAGCGGCUCCCUCCGCCCGCCAGCCUCGCCUCCGACCGGCGCCACUGCGGGUGGAAAAGCGCCGAGCUGGAGUUUGGCCGGCCGGGCGGCGAGAUGGGCCGGAGCUGCCGGCGGAGCGACCUUCUCCUCGCCCUCCCUGCCUCGGACGCGGCCGCGGAGAACCACCUCAUCCAGCUGCUGGAAGAAAGCUGCUUGCCAAAGACGGAGAAAAGGAUCCACCAGCUCUCCAGACUGAACCAGAGUCUUCCUCACUGCAGUGUCCAUCAUUCUCUGAGCUCACACAGCCCACUUAACCAGGGCAUGGCAGCUGCAGCUGCAUUCACCGGGCAGAUGAGGCUCAGAGAAGGCUCUUGUCGGGUGAACGCAGCCUCGCAGGCACCGGAUCCAAAGGGCCUUCGUGACCAAGAGGCCAAGAAACUCCACGAAAGUUCCUCCCGUCCGUUCUUUCCAAAAUGUUUCCGGACGCAUCGGAAGUGGCGGAACGGGGCGUCCCUGGCUCCCACACGCCCGGGCCGGACGCCUCGCGACGCCUCCCAGUCGGCAGCCAUGCCCAACACUCCGAGGCCCCUUCCUGCCGAGGGGGCGCGGGAACCCGGCAGCGGCCCGCCGGCCCGCCUGGGCGCCGCCUAUUUCGACCAGCCCUGCGUCCGCCUGGCCAAAGCCCUGCUCGGGCAGAUUCUGGUUCGGAAACUGCCCGACGGACGGGAGCUGCGGGGACGGAUUGUUGAAACGGAAGCCUAUUUGGGAGGGGAGGACACCGCUUCGCACUCCAGGGGGGGUCGCCGGACUUCUAGGAACGCAGCCAUGUUCAUGGGACCUGGCACACUGUACGUGUACCAGAUCUACGGGAUCUACUUUUGCAUGAACGUCUCCAGCCAAGGGGAAGGCGCUGCAGUCCUCCUGCGUUCCCUGGAGCCCCUGCAGGGGCUGGAGGCCAUGAGAGAGCUGCGCCUGGUCCGGCAGCAGAAAACUCCCCCGCGCCCUCUCAAGGACUGGCAGCUGUGCAACGGGCCCUCCAAACUCUGCCAGGCCCUGGCCAUCGAUCGAAGCUUUGACCAGCAGGACCUGGGCUGCAACUCUUCCGUGUGGCUGGAGCCUGGCCUGGAAGCCCCCGGAGACCAAGUCCCCAUCUGCGCCCCCCGCAUUGGCAUCAGUGGGGAGUGGGCCCAGAAGCCUUUGCGCUUCUAUCUCCAGGGCAACAAGUGUGUGAGCGUCAUUGACAAAAACGCUGAGGGGAAACUGCCACGUGAUGCCAUCCCAGAGAAAUGUGUUUAACCUGCAAUAUUAAGCAGGCAUGAAUACUGAUGCCAACAAAGAAGGACUAG